AUGGCCGACCUGCAAGAGCUGUUUGCCCGGCUCCAAGGUGGCGGCUCGAGCAAUCAGCAGCAACAGCAACAGCAAUCGCAGCAGCACGGCUAUCAGCCGCCUUCUGUCUCGUCGCCCAUCUUCUCUCCCUCACCGAGUGGCCCACAGCCCCAUCAUCACUCUGCCGUCAUGUCACCCAACACGUCCAUGGCGAGCACGCCUGUACCCGAACAAAGCCAUGUGCCGCACCAGACGCCGCAGCAGCAGUCAACCAACCUUCUCAACCUACUGCGCUUCAACUCACAGUCUGGUUCUGCGCACUCCAGACGCGUUUCGCAGCAGUCGCUGGCUCAGACGUCUGAUUUGAUGGCAAGCAUGAUGGGUGGCGGUAGGACGUCAUCCCAGAGCGCUCCCUCUCAAGCUCAGGCUAUGCCGGCGCCCGUGCCUUCGCAGCAGCAGAACCCACAGGACCUGCUCCUCCGCCUGCUCAACCAUCCUAAGCCAGCCCAGUCAAGCGGUCGCUCUUCUCGGCCUGUCUCAGCCGCGUUCUCGCCGCCUGUCGCGUCUAACAAGCCUGAAACGGUUGUGGACGACGUUGUGCAAGAUUUCGCCGACGCUGAGCUUGAGCAAGUAUCUGCUUCUCCCGUCGCCCCCGCACCAGGAACAUCUGCCUCAUCCACAAAGGCUUUUGGCUCCAACAGCAACGAAGCUUCAUCACUCGCUCCAAAGUUCACAUACGUCAAUCCGUUUGACCAACUUGAAGCUGCAAGCCCGCGCAACCGCACUCCUGUCCAGCAAGGCUCUAAGCCACCCGCCCCAAAGGUCGAGAUCCUCAAGAAGAACGCCCCGGAAGCUCCUCUCCCGCCGGCCGACGAGGACGCUCCAGCUCAUGUACAUGAGUCUGUGGCUGAAGCCGUGAAUGACUUGGCCGAGCAAGUAGGGCAGCAAGUUGAGGAUGCACUUGCCGAAGCUGAGAGCAAGUCAGCUACACCGUUGCCUGAGGAGGCAAAGGUAGAGAACCUAGAGGUUCAAGAAGUACAAGAGGUCAUGACAGAGAUUGCUACUGAGAUCAAGGAGGAUUUCGAAGACCCCAACAAGGCCAAGGAGAUGGAAGCGAGUCUCUCAAAGCCACUCGCGGCUGCUUUGAAGGACGUUGCUACCGAGAUUGCUGAAGACAAUGUUGCUGAGAACUGGGAAACUGCCGAAGCCGAAGAAAGCCUUGCUAAGGGUGAUGACCAGACGGUAAUAGUCUACAGAUUCCCUAUGCGUGCCUUCGCCUCCAUCCAGGUCAACCAAAUGCCGCCCCGCAAUCUCUACUUCAACAACGAGCUCUUUAUGGACAUUGCUCGUUUGAAGAAGGACUUUGACCAGAUUGACCGAUCUCUCGUUGCUGCAAGCAAGAACUUUAUUGUCUAUGCCCUCGUCAAAAAGGGUGGUUUCCGUAUCAUUCGUCAGGAGAACGGACAUUAUCGCCAGGUGUUUGAGAACCACCAAGAGCGCAUCUUCAACAUCGCUCUCUGCACCUCUGCAGAUGAUGCACAACAGCCACUUGAGAGCAUCCUUGGCAUAGGAGUCAACGGUACUGUCUUCUGGACAUCCCUCGAUCCUGCUCGUGAGGACCAGUUUGGCGAGAAUCUCGACUCUCAGGGCCUAAUGCUUCCCCCGUCGCCAUCCCAAGAUGAUAACACAUCUGGAGGUCAGCUCAAGACACGCGCCAAGCCAUCCUCACGACACCCCGAGUUCUUCGCUGUUGGCCGGGGCAAGUCGAUCCACAUCAUUUUCCCUCGAGUUGCUGCAGAGUACGCUCGCACCAAGAGCCGUAUCUGUCACACCGAGAAAUAUCUCAAGGAGCGUUCUCUCAAGAUUCUUACCGGCAAGGCCGGAAAGGACUUUACUUUCAGUGAGGACGACACCAUCAUCGUCUCAUUGGACAAGGCUGGCCGCAUGCGCUUCUGGGACAUCCGUAGCCUUACUGAGCCUGACCUGGGCAACCCUCGCAGCCCACCCCGACAGGUAGAAGUCUCUGAGACCUUGCUCGAGUUCCACACUACGACACCGAACGCCAAGUCAUGGCCCACUUCGGUCUUCUUCUUUGACAAGGACAAGCCUUACACUAAGGGUAUUGCGCUGCGUUAUGUCAUGGUCGGUAUGAAGCAGAAUCACGCCUUCCAGCUGUGGGAUCUUGGUCUCAACAAGGCCGUUCAGGAGAUCCAUUUGCCUCAUGAGAACGAAUCAGAUGCUAUCUGCAGCGUUUCGUUCCACCCCCGAACUGGCAUCAUGGCAGUUGCCCACCCCACGAGGAACUCAAUCUUCUUCGUCCAUGUGUCAUGCCCGCGUUACAACCUGCCAGUCCUGAGUCAAGCAGCCUACAUCUCUCGCUUGGCUAACAAGGGUGACAAGGGCCAGAAUCCUCUGCCUCCAGUCAAUGCUACGGCCAUCAUGACAAGCAUCACAGAGUAUUCGUUCGCUCCAAAGGGCCAGAUCAGAAGUUUGCACAUGCUCAACGAGCCUGCCGGUCCUGCAGACGUUGAUGACCCAGACAAUGCUGCCCUCUUUGAGCUGUAUGUUAUGCACUCCAAGGGAGUAUGCGUCUUGCGCAUUCGUCGAAGUGACCUUGGUUGGAAGAAGGAAGGUGAACCAAUUCAUCCCAAGGAAGCCGAGGAAGAGGGUAUUAUUUCCAUCUCGACACUCAAAGCGCCACAGCCUGUUACAGAUGAGUCGUCUACUACUGGGGACACUCCUGCACCCAAGUCUGUUUCGGACCGAUCUGUUCGCGAGACUCUGAAGAGAGAGAGCAGCAACAUCUCUAAGCACUCAAUGAACCCAGAGGCUGCUGUACGCGCAUCUACCUUAGCCAAGGUCGAGAGCAAGCAAGAUGCGGCUCGUGCAGCCAUCAUGAACGGUGGCAGUGAGAAGGCUGAGAAGAAAAAGAAGAAGCGCACGGCCGCCGCUGCGGAAGCAGCCUCUCAAGUAUCGGUGGCUCCAUCAGUUGCCCGCGCACCCACGGCCAUACCUACAUCAUAUGCGCAAGCUGCACAGGCGCUUCCUGUGUCCAAGUCUCCUGCACUCAUAGAAGCUGCUCCUGAGGCGCAACCUUCCAAUGCCAAGGUCACAGAGUCAACAACAGAAACGCCUGAUUGGGCUAAGCAGCUUAUCAACAAGCACAUCCAGCAACAAGCCCCUGCUACUCCUGCUGUUGCUGGCAACGCUUCUGCUGGUCCAAUAGACUCUUCAAAGCUUGAGGAAAUUCUUCAAGCUGAGAUCAGCAAGGGCUUCUCUCGCGAGUUGGAUGUCAUGUACAAGCGAUUCGACGAAGACAAGCGCGUUCUCAACGCCGCGAAUGGUGCCAAGCAAGAAGCGAUACUACGCAUGGUCUCCAGCACACUAAACGAGAACGUGGAAGGUGUCAUCAGGAAGAUGGUUGAUGACAACAUCCGUAACGUUUUGCUUCCCGAAGUUCUGGCGAAGACUUCGGCUACUGUCGAGCAAGGUCUUCAGAACAACCUCAAGUCCGCCCUGGGACCCCAGCUCUCGAAGGAAGUGGCCGAUUCAGUGUCUCGAGCUUUGAAACAACCCCAGACAGUUCAGCCACUGGUUGAUCAGAUCGUCAAGAAGAUCGGCAACCUUGAGGCCAUGGUGGUUGCUGCUGCGGGGUCAGUUGUCAACCCUGCCAUCUCAAACUUAAGUAACCUCAUCGAGCGUCAAAUCGCAACCGAGCUUCGUCAAGCUCGUACUCAGCGUCGCGAUGACACUGCCAAGAUCACCACGCUGACCGAGACUGUGCACACCUGUCUGGACACGAUUCGAACCAUGGCUGCGACUCAAGCUGAACUUCAGUCACAGGUGGCCAAAUUGCAACAGGCCAUUGAAGAGCGCCAUACUCAGGCUCCUUCUCGUGGAGAGGGUACUAUGCAGGCCGCGCGCUCUCCUCAAAAACAGAAGACUCCAGAGGAACUAGAGAUUGACGCCAUCCAUAAACUCAUGUCGGAGGGCAAUUUUGAGCAAGGUACCAUGCAGUGGCUGCAAUCUGCACGUAGUGCUGCACUCUUCGACGAGGUCUUUGUGCGUUACGACCCUGCCUAUCUCAACCAGGUCAGCCCACUGCUUGCACUCUCGACCGGAGCAGUGGUCUCUGAAUCGUUGGGUCGCAACCUGCACGAACGUCUUGUCUGGCUCAGUGCUGUCAUCAGAAGCGUUAAUCCCGCCGAUGCAGAGAUUCGUGAUAUCAUCCCAAAGAUCAUGGAUGUCGUUGUCCAACGCUUGACGACUGCGUACAUCCAGCUUAAUGAGAGCACUCCUGGUAGCCCGCUUCUUCGCGCCAUCUCUCAGCUGGUCAACAAAUGUCAUGAAAUGACUCGCGCGGCUACACUCUUCAGCCCACGCGGAUGA